UUUAUUGUAAUAGUGUCUUCUUUAUUAUGGAGUGAAUAUAUAUUUACAACAAAAACAAGUCAGUAGUGCAAAGCUCUGGGAUAUAUAUAUAUAUAAUAGAAUAGGUGGGUCAGAGCCAGUGUGCUGCCAAUCAGCAAAGGGGUGGGUUCCAGGAGUUAGUAAGAUAACCACACCCACCUGCCAUUUCAGAAAAGACACAGAGCAGAGAAGAUAACAAAAUGCACUGCAAAAACUCUUAAUCUCAUAGGCUGCAGGACUCUAUACAGGGAUGUGAUAUUGUGGAAUGGAGUUUAAAGAGAGUUCACCGUCCAAGCUCCUGGCUAAAUGGAGUGCUACUGCUGCUCGGUGCACAACACAUGACUGAUUGGAUCACUUGUGAUACACACGCAAGCUAACAGGGACAGGUCGUCUUCCAAGGUGAUGGCAAGGAACAGUGCUUGGAAAAGGUGUCUGGCUUGAAUGCCCCCUGCCAAUUGAAGAAUUUGAUUCACCCAAAGGGACUGGAAACUGGUCUAGAUCGCCGAUCUGGAAAAAUCUAAUUGUACCCAAAAGGAUUAAACAAAUAAACCACACACAGGGAGAAGAUGCCAUUCCACCAUGUGACGGCUGGCCUGUUAUAUAAAGGAAAUAACUAUUUGAAUCGUUCACUCUCUACUGGUAGUGAUAGCGAACAGCUUGCCAACAUCUCAGUGGAAGAACUAGAUGAGAUACGGGAAGCUUUCAGAGUGUUGGAUCGAGAUGGUAAUGGCUUUAUUUCCAAACAAGAGCUGGGCAUGGCAAUGCGAUCCUUGGGAUAUAUGCCCAGUGAAGUAGAAUUGGCAAUCAUCAUGCAACGACUUGACAUGGAUGGGGAUGGUCAGGUCGAUUUUGAUGAGUUUGUGACAAUUCUUGGUCCUAAACUAGUAUCCACAGAAGGCAGAGAUGGAUUUCUUGGAAAUACCAUAGACAGUAUAUUUUGGCAGUUUGAUAUGCAAAGAAUAACACUAGAAGAACUUAAGCACAUUUUGUACCACGCAUUUCGGGAUCACUUAACAAUGAAGGAUAUUGAAAACAUUAUCAUCACUGAAGAGGAAAGUUUAAAUGAGAACACCGGCAACUGUCAAACAGAUUUUGAAGGAUUGCAUUCUCAGAAGCAAAAUCGGCAGACAUGUGUACGGAAAAGCCUUAUAUGUGCGUUUGCAAUGGCAUUUAUUAUAAGUGUGAUGUUGAUUGCAGCCAAUCAGAUUCUUCGAAAUGGUAUGGAGUAAGCCUUUCACCACAACACUGUGAACAGGAAUAUACAUGCAUGCGCAUGCCUAGGUGAACUCUUUUCUUAUUGAAUAACUAAAGGGAACUAGCUGCAAGAAGAAUCAUUCUGCAAGCAACACAAGGCCAGCAGUGAUGUGACUUGCAGAGCAAUUAAACCUUCUUGACAGGGACACAAAAGGGCUGUCUUUAAUGCUUUAAUGGUUUUGUUUCCUAAUGCAAUAAACAAACAGGAGUUCUGAAUCUUAUUUUCAAAGUAUGAUGGUGAUAGUAUUACCAUUUUUAUGUGCAUAAGCCCAUGAGUGCAAUAUUUUGCUUUUGGGAUAGUGUCGAUUAACCACACCAAUUGUUACAUAAGCGGGAUAUCAAUUUGUCAGUUAAGAAUUCAUUAAAGGUGAUGUUCCCCAAAAUAGUUUUUCAAAUAAUGAAAAAAAAAAAAAAAAAAUAUAUAUAUAUAUAUAUAUAUAUAUAUAUAUAUAUAUAUAUAUAUAUAUAUAUAUAUAUAUAUAUAUAUAAUUCUAAGCAAUUGAAAUUGUCAAAGAAAGUUUUGAUCCAUCCAUGUCAUGCUAUACAGUAUCUAAUAGUGAUAAGUCUAAAGCAACUGGACUUUCUGACUUUCUUGAAAACGUUUGAACCCUUAUCCGAGCAGCUUCUUCAGUACUUAUGGGCAAUUUCCAAAGAUGAGCUGAAGACGCAGAUCAAAUUAGUGUUGAAAUGUUUUUAAGAAUAGACAGUAGAUAUUCGUUAGAAAUUAUCAAUUGUUUUUAAACUAAUUGUAAUUGCAAUUGAGUACAUUCUGUCUUAACAUUCCCUCCUCUCCUUUUCCUUACUACUUACACCUUUGUUCAUUGUAUCAAUACUUGGCUUUCCUCCUGCCAAAGUGACAAUUCUCACAGUGCCUUGAAUAUCCUGUGAAUUGUAAAACUGCAAAAAUGGGAAAUAAAAGAAGCAUGCAAGACAUUGUGGAAACUGUAGUCUCGGCUGGAAAACAGUUGAUUUCUGAUACAUUGUUUCUGUAGUCUGGAAAACUGAGAAUGCAAUAACAGAGGGCAAACAGAAAAUGUUUUUCAGUUGUUAUCAUUUAAUUUAAAAUCAUUGACAUUUGUUCAUUUCUAUAUAUAUAUAUAUUGGAUUAUUUUAUUAUGCACAUUUUUGGUUGGACAUCCCUUUUAAUGGCAACCAAGGAAUAUUUGUCUGUCAAUGGUUCACUGUGGUAUUGCUUUUAUGUCUCCUGAUAGAUAUUUCAUCAAUAUUAUAACUUUUUAAGAUCCAGGGAAGUUUUGCCACACAAGUAUAAAACAUUUUAAAAAGUUGACAAAAUCCAAGGUUUUCCAUAUUUAGUACUAGUGUAUAAUUUCAUUAUAUAAUAUAAAAGUCUGAAUCAAUUAUUGUGUUAUAUGAAUAAAGUAUUUCCCUACAAAACAGAUUUAACCCAAAAACGAAAUCUAUAUGCAGCUUAUCAACUGAGCAUACCAGCCAAUCUGUGGCCCUCCAGCAGAACUUAAACUUUGUUUAUUUUUUUAGACUUGGGGACUAUCGAGCAUAUGAAGCUGGAAGUCCAACAUUUCAUACCAAUUAAGGAGACACAUUUCCAUACUUACAUAUACAUGUGCAAGUUACACACGAUAAAAAAAGUACAGAGAUUUGUAUGUAACACUUACAAAUUUGCCAGAGUCUGUCAGAUAUCAAGCAUGGAUGAUUGUGAGCUGGUAGUGCAAGCAAUAAAACAACCACGGAAUUCUGGUUGGGAGAGUUGCGCUUGACAACAAGAGUGAUAAAUGCUAGCAGGGUAACUGGUUGUAACUGGCUGGUUAUCCAGGGUGUUAUGCAUUGGGACAGCAGCACAAGCAUUUCAGCUUUUGGAAAAACAAAAGGAAGUGUUGAGAGUUGUAUAUGAGAGCUCAGAGUAAGGUGCUGGCAUGCUCCCAGGGGAAGCAAAUCGAUACAAUCUUUGUAUAAACAAAAGAUGAUGUUUGUGCUGGGAUUUGCACAUAUAAGUAAAUCGACCAGAUUAUAAUAAGCAUAAUGUACCACCUACUAAAAUGUAAAAGACUAUUUAAGUCAGUGACCUAGUCAGUAAAAGAACUCAACAUGUGGCCUCAUGUUUAUGCUCUCUCUCUCUCUCUCUCUCUUGCUCUAUAUAUAUAUAUAUAUAUAUAUAUAU